CAGGCCCGUAGGACCUGAAGGGGCUUAGUGGGGCAACCGGUACAGUUGAGAGUUCAACGUCAAGUUUCCUAGAUGCCUCCCAAAGGAAAAAGCGGUUCUGGAAAAGGUGGAAAAGGAGGAGCAGCAUCUGGGAGUGAUAGCUCUGACAAAAAGUCUCAGGGUCCCAAAGGUGGUGGCAAUGCAGUAAAGGUCAGACACAUUUUGUGUGAAAAACAUGGAAAAAUCAUGGAAGCCUUGGAAAAGUUAAAGUCUGGAAUGAAAUUCAAUGAAGUGGCCACACAAUAUAGUGAAGAUAAAGCCAGGCAAGGGGGCGACUUGGGUUGGAUGACCAGAGGGUCCAUGGUGGGACCGUUUCAAGAAGCAGCAUUUGCUUUGCCUGUAAGUGGUCUGGACAAGCCUGUGUUUACAGACCCUCCAGUUAAGACAAAAUUUGGAUAUCAUAUUAUUAUGGUUGAAGGCAGAAAAUAAAAUUGUAUGGAACACUGAA